AGCUUAGAGAGAGGUAGAGGAAAUGUACUGUUUACAAACUUUAAAACCAAGACUACUCCCUUUACUGAAGUGUUUAAGUAGCUGUGCACCUUUCUGAGGGUUUAACUUCUUGACUGACAGACUAAGGGGAAGAGCAUGGAGACCUUGCUUUUUCUAUUUCCUCACUUCAACUUUUCAGCCCCCGAGGAGGAAGCAUAUUUCAACAUGUUCGACCCAGGAGAUGACAAUGCUCUGUUGAGGGACAGCAAUUUAAGACAAAAAGAGAAAGAUCGGAAAAGCAGAUUCAGUCUACUACUCUCCAAAUCCGGUUCUCAUGAAAAUGUCAGCCCAGAGAAGAAGGCAACCUCAAAGGUUAACAGCAUAUCAACAGACACUGCAUUGAAAUGGAGUGAUUCUUUUGAAGAUCUGCUAAAUGAUUCAGAUGGUGUUAAUACUUUCACCCAGUUCCUUCGCACAGAGUUCAGUGAGGAGAACAUUGAGUUCUGGCUCGCCUGUGAGGACUACAAGACAACUGAAUCAAAGACCAAACUGCUCACCAAAGCCAAGCAGAUCUACGUUGUGUUCAUAGACAAUGACUCUCCAAAGGAGAUUAACAUUGACCACUCAACCCGAGUUGCCAUCCAGAAAAGCAUCGCCCAGCCCACCCCCACCUGUUUCGACUCGGCACAGGGCAAAAUCUAUGCCCUCAUGAAGAAAGACUGCUACCCACGAUUCCUCAAAUCAGAGAUCUACCUGAGCCUGACCAGGAGAAAAGCCCCAGGUGCUAUGACAAGGAGGCGGUCCCGGUCCUUUGUUUUCAAUGAUCGAGGUGACCCAACAUCUGGGUCAGAGUCAUGGCUAUAGUGAUUCAACAUGUCUCUUAGAUAGUGUGUUGAGUAUGUCCAUAUAAAUAAAGACUUUUCCAGUCCUAUGUACCUAAAUACUAACAUGAUACAUUAAUCAACUAUUAAUAAUGUGUCUAGUUUGAUAAAGUAGGUUAUUUAAUGUAUUUUUUUGCUAUCUUAAUCUAUUAUUGUACUUGUAAAGUGUGUAUAUAGAUGAUUUUGCUACAGUUAAAUAAGAAAUAAACAUUGCUAUGAACAAG